GGGUAAAGAUGGCGGGCACAACGUCCAUCGAAGAUAUUCUUUCGUCUGUGGUCGACGAAACAGCAGUAAGCGCACUGAUUGGAUCACUUGAGUCUAAACUCGCUGCUGGAAACACUGCAGCAACUUCCAGUUCACUCGAUACAGCCGCUGUUGGCUCAAAUCAUGUGAGCAAACCUGGUGCAACUCCAGGGGACGUGACCGAGAAUUCAACGCACCCGACCGCAUCGCAAAUCAACGCGGGCCAAGAUGGACCGGGUACGGCCGCCGCGGUCCCCACCGUCGUGGUCACGGCAACUUUGCAACAGCCCUCCUCUGGCGGGGAUAAGGCCCCCGACAACCUCGCCUCCAUUGCUUCUGGAACUGCUGCUAAUGCCCAGAACAGUAAGGAGCAGAAUCCAAGCACAGCGCCAGCAGUUCAGGAGAGCAAUAAUCGCCCUGGGAAUGGGAUCGCAAUCAACAGUGCCGUUGCCAACUCCAGCAGCGCCAAGCCAACGCCGUCUGCUCCCAGUCCUACACCACCAACGUGUGUACGAGUCAUUACACUACCGGGUGGCACCGCAUUAACUACUGUUUCAACUGCUGCAAAUAUAUCCAACAUCAGUGUUGUCAAAAGUGCAGUGCUAGAUUCGAAAGCAAGAACAGUUGUGAAAUUAGGCAGUGUGCAACAGCAAGGACAACCAGUAACACAAUCCGGCACAGCACUGACUACAGUAACAAGCAGUGUCUUAAGUUCUGGCUCAGCACCGAGCACAGGAAUCAGUGGACAGAGUCAGGCCAACUCAGCACAAACAAUAAGGGAACAUCUGACAACCGGUGCAAAGCAACCCAUUAAAACAGCUGUUGUAGCCCCAACACCGCACCAAACGGCAUCACCUGUGAGUGCAGCCACUACGCAGCCCCAGAUAGUUCUGCGGCCUGCGCCUUCAUUACAGGUUCAAACUCCCAGCAUCAAGUCCAAUGCUUCCAGCGGUUCAGUUGUCACCCUGGCAACCACGACCGUAUCCCAAGUGAAACUGUCAAGCGUUGCCACUUCUGGACAGCCUAACCUUAUCGCUGCAAGCCCUCAGGUGCAACAUGUACGAUUAACGUCACCACAAGUAAUCGCUCCCCGAACGCCUGGUGGUGGAGCUGUGCAGUUUCGUCUGCCACAGGGUACAUCUUUACCUCCAGGUGUCAUGUUGAUAAACAAGGACGGUAACAUCCAUGCUGUGGUGAACAGUUCAAUUGGCCCUGGGAGCCAAAUACAGCAUUUACCAAGUGGGACAGUGCCAGGGGCUGUCACAUUCAGACAGGUGCAGCCUGGCUCCCCAGCAUUACAGAGACCUAGUUCCCAGUCCACCUCUGCUGUCCAGUCCAGCAUACCUGUACGGCCUAACGUGGGUCAGCUUCUGAACACCACCAAUGCAACUGUGGGUCAGCUGAAGGGAGGCGCCCAGGUCAUGGUGGGAGGAUCGCCCGUGACGUUUGUGUCCAAAGCUGAUGGCCCCAGAUCGCCUGUCAGCAUAAGUGGCCAAGGGGUGCAAGCGGCCACCCCCAAGAUGGUGGGUGUGUCAGCGGGUGGGACUGUGGCCGUGACGGUAUCCGGGGUGCAGCGUGCCGUUUGUGUUGGUGGGACGCCCGGUGUGGGACAGCCAGUUGUAGUUGGUGCCCAGCCCCAGCCCAUACCAAUGUCUCAGUCUGCCAUGGAAAAUGUUAAGAAGUGCCGGAACUUUCUGACAACAUUGAUAAAGUUGGCAUCCAAUGGUAACCAGCCGGCAGAAACCGUCAAGAAUGUCAAAGAACUUGUACAGAAUUUGAUUGACGGUAAAACGGAACCUGAAGAGUUCACCUUGAAACUUCAGAAGGAAUUGAAGUCCUCCCCUCAACCCUACCUUAUUCCCUUCCUGAAGAAAAGUUUGCCCCUGCUUCGCCAGACACUUCAAAAAGGCGGGUCCUUACAGAUCCAAGGGCUGAGCGCACCCACCAUCACAGCAGCGCAGACCAUGGAUUCGUCCAGUCCAGCCACCACAGGGACUUUGUCUAGCAUUGCGGCUUCCCAGCCAACCCUCGUCUCCACCCUGGCCACGGGACCGGGCAAAGCCCCCACGCUCAACCUGACGCCGCAGCAGUUGCAGCAACUUCACCUGCAGCAGCAGCAGGCAGCGGCCAAGAGCAAACAGCAGAAUAUGAAGGUCACACAGCUUCAGAGUUUUGCCCAGAAGUCUAAGCCACAGACGUUAACAAGUUCGUCCAGCAAGUCCCCCACCCCUAGCCACUCCAGCUCCUCCCGGUCCAGCCAGUCCAAGAGUCACUCUAGCAAGUCCUCCUCUAGCAAGAGCAGUAGCUCCUCCUCCAGUACCAGUAAAAAGGACAAGGUCAAGGACCAUUCGUCAUCUGGAUUUAAGGAUGAUGAUGACAUCAAUGAUGUCACUUCCAUGGCCGGUGUCAAUCUGUCAGAGGAGAGCGCCCGCAUCCUCGCAACCAAUGCCGACUUUAUCGGUACCCAACUCCGCUCCAUCAAGGAGGAGAAGUUCCUUUUCUCUGCACCACUCCAGUCCAAAGUUAACAAAAUCUGUGUCAAGCAUGGCAUCCAGGAGGCCUCACCCGAUAUGAUGGAGCUGGUCUCACAUGCAGCUCAAGAAAGACUCAAGGGGCUCGUGGAGAAACUUGGAGUCAUAGCCAAGCACCGAAUGGAAAUCUACCGGAACGACUCCAGAUAUGAAGUAACUAGUGAUGUACGGACACAAUUAAAGUUCUUUGAGCAGCUGGAUUCACUGGAAAGAAAGCGAAGAGACGAACAGGAACGAGAGCUUCUGUUACGAGCUGCUAAGAGUCGCUCAAAGCAAGAGGACCCAGAGCAGGCCCGGCUGAAGCAGAAAGCCAAGGAGAUGCAGCAGAUGGAGCUAGAACAGAUCCGUCAACAGGAGGCCAACAUGACGGCCCUGGCUGCCAUCGGGCCACGAAAGAAGCGGAAGGUAGAUUCACCCACCCCAGGAUCGUCACCAGGGUCUGGUUCCUCAUCUCUCGGUAUGGGAGGUUCCUCAGGGAGUCCAUCAGUCACAACACAGAUUCGGCGUAUCAAGAGAGUUAAUUUCCGGGACCUCAUCUUUCUCAUGGAGCAGGAACAAGAGACAAAAAAAUCACACGUUCUGUUUAAAAUGUUCUUGAAGUAACUCCCGCUUGCCCUGUCAGCCCCACUGUCUUCCCAUGAUGCUCUGUAAACCUUCCCACGAUGUGCCACUGAGGGAUGGCUGAAUCAGACAGAGACAGCUCUUCUUACGAACUGAAAAUUCAUCACCAGUCUAUAUAUAUAGAACGUCCAAAAGGCACACACUUUCUCGGACUAGUUUAAAUCGGUGUGAGCUUGUGUGAACUUUGCAAAAUGGCAAACUCGUUGUGUUGCGGUGCUGCACAAUACAUUUUGCACAACAUCGUAUUGGUUUUUCAUUUCCAGUCACAUGAAGUUGAUAAAGAGUUUCAAUCAUGUCCAAGUGAAAUAACAUGUAUAGAGAGUGCCUAUUGUACAUUGUAUUCAGUUGUUUGCGGGCAUGUGAUAGAGCAUCAUAAAGGCUUGUAAUGUCAUAAGCAGUCUGCCAGCUGUUUGGCUUGGAAAUAUGCGAGAGCCUGCUGUCGUGUAUUGUAACUGACUCAGCAUUUCUACCAUUCCCUGUUGUCUCUCUGACAUGCACUUAAUUAGGCCUCCAGAUUAGUCUUUUGGCCGUAACAGUACUCAAUAUCACAUUGCUGGUGCUGCAAGAGUCACCAAUCUAUUGUUAGAAUAUUCAAGUUUGAGUCACGAUAACCACCUUUUCAGACACAAAUUGCAGUCCUGGUUUUGGCCAGGGUUAUUUCCCACCUUAGAACAACUUUAACACCACCAUGACGGACAUCCAUACCAAAAAGGUUUUGUGCAAGCAACAUCUAGCCGUGUAUUUACACUACAUCUAUUGCAUUUGGUGAGCUUUCAGUCCAUAAUACAGAUAUGAUUGAUUCCUUUUUUUAUAGUUUGCCAAAGCAGGAACACACAGGGAUUGCAAUGAUAGGGUAACUUUUAAUAACGGGAAUGAAAAAAAUGUAAUGCUUAUUUUCAAUAUCGUCUGCCACAGCUUUGGUGAUAUUUCUUAUUUAUGAGAUCAUGUUUCAGGUCAGAUUUAUUAUUAUUUGUUUCAGUUUGUGGGAUGUGAUUUUUGUCAUUACCUGCAGAACAGAACUCUAAAUUAAAUGCAAGGAAGAUGGUUAAUUUCUCAGACAAACAUUUAGGAACUGAAGCUGUCACAAAAAGUGCAAACGUUUGCCUCGCCAUGAUACAUGCACCAUUGUGACUUUGUUUAAGCGCUCACUUUUAUAUCGGACGUCAUCUCAACUUGAAAAUAGUAAAGAUAAUUCUUUGUGAAUUUUCCCACAAAGACAUGCUCACGGUGGUACAUUUGAAGACAAAGUGUUUAGAAAUUAUUGUAAAAUUCAUGAGAAAUAGCUUCAUAGAGGAUUUGGUUUCAACUCUUGUUUAUAGUAUUGAAAUUGAUAAUUUAUCAGUGUAAGAUAUUAGUUUGGUCCUAGGGAAAGAGUGUUUUAUGAUAUGACUGGACAGUGUCUCAGCUGUUGUCGGUCUUCAGACGAUUAAGUUAUUGGUUAACAUCUUUCUGCACGUAAUGUGGUGUUUUAAAAUUAUAAAUGCACAAACCGGAGUGAAAAAAAUACUCGACAGCCAGGCCACAGUGCGUAGGGAUCGGUGUAGAGAUUGAGCUGUAAUAAAAAAUUGAUCGAUCCAGAGUCUGCUUGUGUAAUCAGAAGUCACAAGCUAUUCAGAUGAACUUUACUCAAGUUUUCAUCCCCGGCCUUUUAUUCAACUUGUCGUUUCACUCAUCACAGACUUGUGACAGGCCCGAUUUCAACAGAGUUGCAACGUGAAAGAACCACCGACUUUCCUGCGUUGUUGCAUUGUAGCAUGACUGGAAAAUUCUAUUCUUUGUUGUAGUGUUGUAGCCAACCAGACCAAGUUGAAUACAAUGGGUCAGCCAGAAGUGCAGCUUAUGUUGACACAUAAGAAUAUGCUGUAGCAUUACAUUUCAUGUUGUAGCACAACCUAUCACAAAACAACGUACCCAUGAUGACAACAUGGAGGGCCCUUGGUAGUCUGUGUGUCACUUGUGGCUUAUCAACGCUGAAAGGCAAACAUGUUUGGCAAUGAUAACCUCACAUCAGUCACUGUUGCGUUGUCUCCAGGAUUGCCUGAUGACAACGCUUGAUAAACCAAUCGCUUUAAUAGCUCAGGUGAGACAAUGGCAAUGCUACAUAUCAGAGUCACUGGAAAGGCCAGACCAAUUGCUGACUUCCAGUUUGUGUACAUGUAGUUGUAAGACUGACCAGGAAUACAUGCAUAUCUGUAAGCGUGGACAACAGAGCCGUACGACUCAGUUAAGAGUUGCAGUAUAUAUUUUUUUUUUCAGAGACACACACGGGACAAUAUUGUGUUCCAGACCAACCACCGAAUCUCACGGUAACUUUGUGUGCAUGCCAGCUCCCCCAUCGUGCAUGUUUAUUGUCUUUAUUGAAGUUUGUUCAUGAUCAUCCAGAAUAAAAUUAGUUCGGCAAUUCGGACUAUUUUUUCAGUGAUGCCCAGCAAGUGGUUGAAAGAGAAAAAAAAGAGACUGAUUCCACGAGGAUAAAACAUGAAGUGUUCGUCCAUUUGUUUGUUUUAAUUUCAGGGCCUUCAAUUUGUAGCACAUAGUCAAAAUGAACUUAUCGUUAUGUUCAUACCUGGCUACUUUUUGGGAAAUUAAAUGAUUUUUGUAUAAAGUAAUAUUACUGUAUAAAGAAUCCAACAUAGCUCUUGUAAAGAGAAUCAUGUUAAUUGCCGGGUCUGUUUGAAAUUGAGGACGCCCGCUGUAGUCCAGUCAGCUUGUUUAACCUUUGACCUCGUGUCUAUAUGUAUAAAAGAAUGGGGCCGCGAGGCAGAAACAAGAGUUGACCUUUAUUUGUUGACAUUUUUGUGUAUCUAGAAAAUUGUUAUAAUUUUAUUACGGAGAAAGAAAGAGCAAGACGGAAAGAACAUGGAAUGGAUACAUUACAUUUACAGUGUGAAACCUGUUCAAAUAAAACAUUUAUUACUUUUAACGA